AUGGAGGUGGUUCUCGGCUCGGCGGCCUUGCUCCUCGGCAAGGUGUUGAGGACGCUGUCCGACAGCCUGGUGGCGGUUUACGUGGACAGCCUUCAGCUCGGCCACAACUCCGACCAGAUCAAGGACAAGCUGCUGCACGCGCAAGGUCUCCUGCACAACGCCCAGGGGAGCCAUGUCUGCCACAGCCCUGGCCUGCAGGGGUUGCUGGAGAAGCUGAGCAGGGACGCCGACCAGGCAGCGGACCUGCUGGAUGAGCUCCACUACUUCCAGAUCCAUGACAGGCUACACGGCACCCACUACGCCACCACCCAAACCCAAGAGGCCGGCGUUGAUGGCCUCAGGCAUCAAGCUCUCCAUGCCGGUACUGCUCUUCGCCACACCUUAGUCCGGUUCUUUUAUUCCUCGCGUACACCCAAGACCAAGAGGGAUGGUAGUGAUGAUGAUGCUGCUGUUGUCGGCCGCGUCACCAAAAAAUCCAAAACCAACUCUGCUACUGCUAGUGCUAGUGCUGAUGGUGAUGAUAUGCUGCAUUUCGACAGAGUGUCCAUGUCCAGCAAGGUCAAGUCCCUGUUACAGGGCAUGCAGUCCCACUGUGAUUCGGUCUCCAAUUUGCUCGGCAUCGGCAGUAUCCCAAGCAACAACACCGCAUUGUCAGUCGUCCUACAUCGGCCUCAGACUGCUUCCAUGAUUAUACAAGACACAUUGUAUGGCAGGAGAGACGUUUUUGAGGAAACUGUCAAUCGUAUCACCACUCUUACCGGUACCGCACAGACUGAGACUGUUUCUGUUCUUCCUAUAGUUGGUCCAGGGGGGAUUGGCAAGACAACUUUAGCCCAACAUCUUUAUAAUGAUGGCAGGACUAAAAAGCACUUUGAUGUUCCAGUCUGGGUAUGUGUAUCGACUGAUUUCGAUGUGCUUAAGCUCACCAGGGAGAUCCUUGCCUGCAUGACUGCAACUGAAGAAGAAGGAGGAAGGGGCAGUGCUGCAAAUGAAACAACCAAUUUAGACCAGCUUCAGAAAUCCAUUGCGCGGCGCAUCAAGUCCAAGAGGUUUCUGAUUGUCUUGGAUGAUAUAUGGAGAUGUGACGGUGAGGAUCAGUGGAAGACCCUGCUAGCUCCGUUCACAAAGGGGGAAGCCAAAGGAAGCAUGGUACUUGUCACAACUCGAUUCCCAAAGGUAGCAGACAUGGUGAAAACAGUUGAUCCACUAGAGCUGCGAGGUUUGGAGUCUAAUGACUUCUUCACAUUCUUUGAAGCAUGUAUAUUUGGUGAAGACGACAAGCCUGAGCAUUACGAAGAUGAGUUUGCUGGUAUUGCAGGAAAAAUUGCAAACAAGCUAAAGGGUUCCCCACUCGCAGCCAAAACAGUUGGUAGACUAUUGCACAAGCACCUUUCUCAGGAACAUUGGAAUGGAGUUCUUGAAAAGCAUCAGUGGCUAAAGCAGCAAGAAAAUGAAGAUAUCAUGCAAUCUUUAAAGAUUAGCUACGAUUACCUCCCAUUUGAUCUGAAGAAAUGCUUUUCCUAUUGUGGCCUUUUCCCUGAAGAUCAUAGGUUUACUUCUUCAGAAAUCAAUCAUUUCUUGGUUGCAACAGGCAUCAUAGACUCUAAUCACCAAGCCGAUAGGAAUUACUUGGAAGAACUAGUGGACAAUGGUUUUCUCAUGAAGGAAUUAGAUGAUUGCGUUGGUGGAUACUGCUACGUAAUGCAUGAUUUAAUGCAUGAGCUAUCUAAGAGUGUUUCUGCACAGGAAUGCCACAAUAUAAGUGGCUUUGGUUUCAGAGCUGAUGCCAUCUCGCAAUCUGUUCGGCACUUAUCUAUCAACGUAGAAGACAUAUAUGAUGCAAAUUUUGAGAAAGAAAUGUGUAAACUAAGGGAGAGGAUAGAUAUUGCUAAUCUGCGGACUUUGAUGAUUUUUAGAGAAUAUGAAGAAGAAAGAAUCGCCAAGAUUUUGAAAGAUAACUUCAAGGGAAUAAAUAGUCUGCGUGUCCUGUUUAUAGUGGUGAAGUCUGCACAAUCUUUUCCGGAUAGGUUUCCAAAACUUAUCCACCUCCAAUACCUCAAAAUUAGUUCAUCUCUCGAUGGUGACAGGGAAAUGAGGUUACCUAGCACAUUACCAAGAUUUUAUCACUUGAAAUUCUUGGACCUAUAUGAUUGGAAUGGUCGUUCUGAUUUGCCUGAAGACUUUAGCCACCUUGAGAAUUUACAUGAUUUCCAUGCUCGAAGUCAUCUCCACUCCAACAUUCGCAAUGUGGGAAAGAUGAAACAUCUGCAGAAGCUAAAAGAAUUCCAUGUUAAAAAGGAGAGCAUGGGAUUUGAACUAACAGAACUUGGGGCAUUGGCAGAGCUUGAAGGGCGACUGAUUAUACGUAGUCUUGAAUAA